AUGGCUGCCCCCCGCUCAGUCGAGGAGGCCAUCGACGAUGUCGAGUUGGAGAUGCAUGAGGAUCACCAUGAACACCACCAGCACUCCGUCCACCACCGGUUGCGGGCCAACUCUACCAUUAUGCAAUUCCAAAAGAUCCUCGUCGCCAACCGUGGUGAAAUCCCCAUUCGUAUCUUCCGUACUGCCCACGAACUCUCCCUCCAGACUGUUGCCAUCUACUCUCAUGAAGAUCGUCUGGGUAUGCACCGUCAAAAGGCCGAUGAAGCCUAUAUGAUCGGCCGUCGUGGCCAAUAUACCCCCGUCGGUGCCUACCUGGCUAUCGAUGAGAUUGUCAAGAUUGCCCAGGAGCACGGCGUUCAUCUCAUUCACCCUGGUUAUGGUUUCCUCUCAGAGAACGCCGAGUUUGCACGCAAAGUCGAGAAGGCCGGUAUGGUCUUCGUCGGCCCCACCGCUGACACUAUCGAUAGCCUCGGCGACAAGGUCUCCGCCCGUCAGCUGGCCAUCAAGUGCAACGUGCCCGUCGUUCCCGGUACCCCGGGCCCCGUCGAGAAGUACGAGGAGGUCAAGAGCUUCACUGACACCUAUGGCUUCCCCAUCAUUAUCAAGGCCGCCUUCGGUGGUGGUGGCCGUGGUAUGCGUGUCGUCCGCGACCAGGCCGAGCUGCGGGACUCUUUCGAGCGUGCCACCUCGGAGGCCCGCACUGCCUUCGGCAACGGUACUGUCUUUGUUGAGCGUUUCCUCGACAAGCCCAAGCACAUUGAAGUCCAGCUCCUCGGUGACAACCAGGGCAAUGUCGUCCACCUCUUUGAGCGUGACUGCUCCGUCCAGCGUCGUCACCAGAAGGUCGUCGAGAUCGCCCCCGCCAAGGACCUGCCUGUUGACGUGCGGGACAGCAUCCUCGCGGAUGCCGUCAAGCUGGCCAAGUCCGUCAACUACCGCAACGCCGGUACCGCCGAGUUCUUGGUUGACCAGCAGAACCGUCACUACUUCAUCGAGAUCAACCCCCGUAUCCAAGUCGAGCACACCAUCACUGAGGAGAUUACUGGUAUCGAUAUCGUUGCUGCCCAGAUCCAGAUUGCCGCUGGUGCUACCCUCGAGCAGCUGGGUCUGACCCAGGACCGCAUCUCCACUCGUGGCUUUGCCAUUCAGUGCCGUAUCACCACCGAGGAUCCCUCCAAGGGCUUCUCCCCCGACACCGGUAAGAUCGAGGUCUACCGUUCCGCCGGUGGUAACGGUGUCCGUCUCGAUGGUGGCAAUGGUUUCGCCGGUGCUAUCAUCACCCCGCACUACGACUCCAUGUUGGUCAAGUGUACUUGCCGUGGCUCUACCUACGAGAUUUCCCGCCGUAAGAUGCUGCGUGCCCUGGUUGAGUUCCGUAUCCGUGGUGUCAAGACCAACAUUCCUUUCUUGGCCUCGUUGCUGAGUCACCCCACCUUCAUUGACGGCACUUGCUGGACUACCUUCAUUGAUGACACUCCUGAGCUGUUUGCUCUCGUUGGCAGCCAGAACCGUGCCCAGAAGCUGCUGGCCUACCUCGGUGAUGUCGCUGUCAACGGUAGCAGCAUCAAGGGUCAGAUCGGAGAGCCCAAGUUCAAGGGCGAGAUCAUCAAGCCCGAGCUGAAGGAUGCCUCUGGCAAGCCCAUUGACGUCUCCGUUCCCUGCCAGCAGGGUUGGAAGCAGGUUCUCGACCGUGAGGGUCCCGCUGCCUUCGCCAAGGCUGUGCGUGCCAACAAGGGCUGCUUGAUCAUGGACACCACCUGGCGUGAUGCUCACCAGUCGUUGCUGGCGACUCGUGUGCGUACCAUUGACAUGCUGAACAUUGCCCACGAGACCAGCCACGCUUUCUCCAACGCCUACAGUUUGGAGUGCUGGGGCGGUGCCACCUUCGAUGUGGCCAUGCGUUUCCUCUACGAGGAUCCUUGGGACCGUCUCCGCAAGUUCCGCAAGGCCGUCCCCAACAUCCCCUUCCAGAUGCUGCUCCGUGGUGCCAACGGUGUGGCCUACUCUUCUCUCCCCGACAACGCCAUCUACCACUUCUGUAAGCAGGCUAAGAAGUACGGUGUUGACAUCUUCCGUGUCUUCGAUGCCCUCAACGACGUCGACCAGCUCGAGGUCGGUAUCAAGGCCGUCCACGCCGCCGGUGGUGUUGUCGAAGCCACCGUCUGCUACAGUGGUGACAUGUUGAACCCCAACAAGAAGUACAACCUUGAGUACUACUUGGCUCUUGUCGACAAGAUCGUUUCGCUCGGUACCCACGUGCUCGGUAUCAAGGAUAUGGCCGGUGUGCUCAAGCCCCAGGCUGCCCGUCUGCUGAUCGGUAGCAUCCGUGAGCGUUACCCCGACCUCCCCAUCCACGUCCACACCCACGACUCCGCCGGUACUGGUGUGGCCUCCAUGAUUGCCUGUGCCCAGGCUGGCGCUGAUGCCGUCGAUGCCGCCACCGACAGUCUGUCUGGUAUGACCUCUCAGCCCAGCGUUGGUGCCAUCCUGGCCUCGCUCCAGGGCACCGAGCAGGACCCCAAGCUCGACCUCGCCCAGGUCCGUGCUAUCGACACCUACUGGGCUCAGCUGCGCUUGCUGUACUCGCCCUUCGAGGCCGGUCUGACCGGUCCCGACCCUGAAGUCUACGAGCACGAAAUCCCCGGUGGUCAGUUGACCAACCUCAUCUUCCAGGCCAGUCAGCUCGGUCUGGGUCAGCAGUGGGCUGAGACCAAGAAGGCCUACGAGUCUGCCAAUGACCUGCUUGGCGACAUUGUCAAGGUCACCCCGACUUCCAAGGUUGUUGGUGACUUGGCUCAGUUCAUGGUUUCCAACAAGCUGAACGCUGAGCAAGUCAUUGAGCGUGCUGCCGAGCUCGACUUCCCGGGAUCCGUGCUGGAGUUCCUCGAGGGUCUCAUGGGCCAGCCGUUUGGUGGAUUCCCCGAGCCCCUGCGCUCCAACGCUCUGCGUAACCGCCGCAAGCUCGACAAGCGCCCCGGUCUCUACCUCGAGCCUCUUGACCUGGCUAAGAUCAAGAACGACAUUCGCGAGAAGUUCGGUGCUGCCACCGAGUGCGAUGUUGCUUCGUACGCCAUGUACCCCAAGGUCUUUGAGGACUACCGCAAGUUCGUCCAGAAGUUCGGUGACUUGUCCGUACUGCCCACUCGCUUCUUCUUGGCUAAGCCCGAGAUUGGCGAGGAGUUCCACGUCGAGCUCGAGAAGGGUAAGGUGCUGAUCCUCAAGUUGCUCGCCAUCGGUCCUCUCUCCGAGCAGACCGGCCAGCGUGAGGUCUUCUACGAGGUCAACGGUGAAGUCCGACAGGUCAGUGUCGACGACAACAAGGCCUCUGUUGAGAACACCUCUCGCCCCAAGGCCGAGGUUGGUGACAGCAGCCAGGUCGGUGCCCCCAUGAGCGGUGUUGUUGUCGAGGUCCGUGUCCACGACGGCUCGGAGGUGAAGAAGGGUGACCCUGUUGCCGUUCUGAGCGCCAUGAAGAUGGAAAUGGUUAUCUCCGCACCCCACAGCGGAAAGGUCUCCAGCCUGCUUGUCAAGGAGGGCGACUCCGUUGACAGCCAGGACCUCAUCUGCAAGAUCAGCAAGGCAUAA